UAAUAAAAAUGUGUUUAAAGUGUAUACGUUUAUAAAUUUAUAAAAUGUCUUUAAUUUUUUCGUUAUAUAUAAGGAUUUUGAUUGGAAACUAUGAAAAUUGAAAAGUAUUAUUAAAAAGUGCAUUGCUUUUAAUGUGAACUGUAUAUUAACCUUUCAAUAUCACCAUUGCGAAUCCACAAAAGAAGUAUACUCGUGUAUUUUUUUCAUACCAUUGAGCGAUAAGAUUGUUUUUAAUUAAAUGCAAUGGUUUGACAUGAUGUCAUUUAUAAAAAUAUCUCCCAAGAAGCUAUGCACUACCACACCAGGUUUGCGAGAGAAUAAUCUUAACAAUGGAACCGCUACUAAUGAAACGAAGGCAGUACGAAAGAUUCAGCUGGAGGAUAACAAAUUUAAUCCUGAAUUAGAACCAUUGUUGAAAGAAAAUCCACGCAGAUUUGUAAUAUUUCCAAUACAAUGGAAUGACAUUUGGGAAAUGUAUAAAAAGGCAGAAGCAUCGUUUUGGACUGUAGAAGAAGUCGAUCUCACUAGAGACAUGACUGACUGGAAUAAUCUAAAUAAGAACGAAAGGCAUUUCAUAACUCACGUUUUGGCUUUCUUCGCUGCUUCCGAUGGAAUCGUCAAUGAAAAUCUUGUAGAACGUUUCAGUCAAGAAGUUCAAAUUACAGAGGCACGUUGUUUCUAUGGAUUUCAAGUAGCAAUGGAAAAUGUUCAUUCUGAAAUGUAUUCUUUAUUAAUCGAUACUUAUAUUCUGGAUCCUAAAGAAAGAGAAUUCUUAUUUAAUGCCAUCGAAACUCUUCCUUGCGUUGCCAAAAAAGCUAAUUGGGCAUUGAAUUGGAUCAAUCACGAAAGCGCAACAUUUCCUGAACGCGUAGUCGCAUUCGCCGCCGUCGAGGGAAUAUUUUUCAGCGGAAGUUUCGCUGCCAUUUUCUGGUUAAAAAAGAGAGGAUUAAUGCCUGGUCUUACCUUCAGUAAUGAAUUAAUUUCUAGAGACGAGGGAUUACAUUGUGACUUUGCAUGCCUGAUGUUUAAACACAUUAUACAAAAGCCUUCCAUCAAACGGGUUACUUCCAUUAUUAAAGAUGCGGUGGAAAUUGAACAGGAAUUCUUAACAGAGGCAUUACCAGUCGAAAUGAUCGGCAUGAACUGUAAGCUUAUGUGUGAAUAUAUUGAAUUUGUUGCAGACAGAUUGCUCAGCGAACUUGGAUGUCCAAAGAUUUACAUGUCCAAGAAUCCAUUUGACUUUAUGGAACAAAUUUCGUUGGAAGGUAAAACGAACUUUUUUGAGAAAAAGGUCGGAGAAUAUCAAAAGUUUGGAGUUAUGCAAGAUAAGUUUGAAUCAAAUUUUUCGGUCAAUGCUGACUUUUAAUACAAUGACUAUCGUGACUUAAUUAAAACCAAAUUAGUUUGUAUUAUUAUUAAGAUAAGAAGCGUGAUUCUUUAGACUAUAAAAACAAGGUUGUUCUAAUCAAAUAUUCUACAUUUUUCUAACGAGUAAAAAAGUAUAUAAAAAUAAUUGCAUGGAGAAAAGACAUCGAAUUGAUACAAGUGUAGUAUUUAUCUAUUAGAAUUUUGUUUUUCGUUAUCGUAUACCUCGUUAUUAUAUUUUUUGACAAAAAUAUAUCUAACGACGUGAAAAAUAACGUACAGGAUAUAUUUUUUAUUUUUUGGAAGAAUAAAACUAAGUAUCAAUCAUUAGAAAGAACAGUUCCCUUCACGUUUUAUAUCGAUAAGAUGUUUGAUAAAUUCAUCUCGAGUGUAAAUGAAAUGAUAAAUUAUUAUAUUCCUUUUUUUUAUCAGAAAAGGUGAUGAAAGAAGUAUUGAAAUUGUUAAAAGAUUGAAUCUAUUGAUAUAAAAAUUAUUAAAUAUUUAUUUUUCGAAUGUGGACCUUUAUUUGAAAUCUUUUGUAAAAGUUUAAUCAGUAUUUCGUGUAUAUAUUUGAUAUGUAUGUAUGUAUGUAUAUAAUCCAAAAUAAAAUGAAAUAUAGAAA